UAGAAACGUAUCCAUCUGUCUGACUAUCAAUCAAAUUUGACUCAAAAAAGAUUAAACAUUUGGAAGAAAACAGAAUCCAUCUUUUCAUCCUCAACGAUUCCAUUUCACACUUUUUCUAUGGAAUAUAUUUGUCUGUCACGAGUCUUGUUCUAGCAGAUUAAAAGAGGCCGUCUUCUGAGGAGGAAGACAUCAAUUCUAAACAAGGAAUUAUAAAAGCAAGUGGAGGGUUUUUGGAGGAAGAGAGACAAGAACUAACUGGUUAAUUCUUGUCGGAAACCAUGGAUACAAGUGAAGCUAGGAACCGUAAAGUCGUCUCAGUGGAAAAGUUCGAUCUAGAAAUCCCUGAGACUGCUCAUCAGAUUAGCAGCGAUUCAUGGUUUCAGGUAGCAUUUGUACUAACAACCGGUAUAAACAGCGCCUAUGUGUUGGGGUAUUCGGGGACAGUCAUGGUUCCUUUGGGUUGGAUUGGUGGUGUCGUUGGUCUCAUUCUUGCAACCGCAAUCUCUCUUUACGCAAACUCUCUUAUAGCCAAGCUUCAUGAGUUUGGUGGCAAACGACACAUUCGUUAUAGAGAUCUCGCGGGCUUCAUCUACGGUAAAAAGAUGUAUCGUGUCACAUGGGGAUUGCAAUAUGUCAAUCUUUUCAUGAUUAAUUGUGGCUACAUCAUACUUGCCGGUUCCGCUUUAAAGGCUGUUUAUGUACUUUUUAGAGAUGACAGUGUAAUGAAACUGCCUCACUGUAUUGCCAUUGCGGGUGUUGUAUGUGCGCUUUUCGCAAUCGGGAUUCCUCAUUUAUCAGCUCUUGGAAUCUGGCUAGGAGUUUCAACAAUCCUCAGCUUGAUCUACAUUGUUGUUGCUAUAGUUCUAUCAGUUAAAGAUGGAGUAAACAAACCUUCAAGAGAUUACAACAUACAAGGAUCAUCAAUAGACAAAAUCUUUACAAUAACAGGAGCAGCAGCAAAUCUAGUUUUUGCAUUCAACACGGGAAUGCUCCCUGAAAUACAGGCCACAGUGAAGCAACCGGUGGUCAAAAACAUGAUGAAGGCUCUGUAUUUUCAAUUCACUGCUGGUGUAUUGCCUAUGUAUGCCGUUACAUUCAUUGGUUAUUGGGCCUACGGGUCCUCGACAUCGACUUAUCUCUUAAACAGCGUUACUGGACCUCUCUGGGUUAAAGCUCUGGCUAACAUCUCAGCCUUUCUCCAAUCUGUUAUCGCUUUACACAUUUUUGCAAGUCCGACAUAUGAGUUUAUGGAUACAAAAUAUGGAAUCAAAGGAAGUCCAUUAGCUUUGAAGAAUCUGUUGUUUAGAACAGUAGCACGAGGAAGCUACAUCGCGGUGAGCACUCUUCUCUCAGCGCUUUUGCCGUUUCUUGGAGAUUUCAUGAGCCUCACGGGAGCUAUAAGUACUUUCCCUCUCACCUUCAUAUUAGCAAACCACAUGUAUGCUGUAGCGAUGAACGAUAAGCUUAGCCCUACUCAGAAGCUAUGGCAUUGGCUUAACGUUUGCUUCUUUGGGCUAAUGUCUCUUGCUGCUGCUAUUGCUGCUGUUAGACUCAUUGCUGUUGACUCCAAGAACUUCCAUGUUUUUGCUGAUGUCUGAAUUUCUUCUUUUUGUUUGUUUAUGUUGUAAUUUAUAUAUAGGUGUGAUCCUUUUAUUGUUACUUGUGCUUCUCUUACAAAUUAAAAGAGAUCUUAUAACC